UCAGCGGCGAGUCGAGCGUUUCUCUCGUCAUCGGGGCCACCACCACUAGCGUGAUACUAUCGUCACCGCCAGCGCCACCGGCACUGUACCCGUCGCCUCCUCCUACGACACCCGCGAUCAACCGUCAUCUCGCGGAACGUGGGUACGACGGCAACUUACAAACCGCGGUCACGUCGUUCUUCCACGAGCGGCCGAGAAUACGUGUGAGACCGGAUGACGCGGGAACGACCUAUUUCAGUGGUGGGCGAGCCAGUGCUCGUCGUACGAUAAAUGUGGAGCGAACUCAUUCUUCGGUAACGGUCGGCGUGAAAGUGUGUACCAGGAUAACGAUUGGACAUUCAGUUCAGUUGGACCUACAUUGGACAUCUUUCCUGGAAAAGGAAGGGUUUUACGGAGAAGCUGUGAAACGGGGAGAGAAAGAAAGAAAGAGGGGGCACAGGAGGAAAGUUUGAAAGAGAGAAAGAAACGGAGACAGGAGGGGAACAAUAAGACGAAGCAGGAACGUGUCUGGUUUCUGUCGCCGUUGUGUUGGGAUACGAGUGAGCGUGCAUGCGGCGGCGAACGCGCGCCGUCCGUCAGUUCGUACUUGGCGCUUUCGCGGUGCGCGCGCGAUCGGUAGCGCCACGGAGAGCCACGAUCGGCUGCGGUGCGGUCGGAACUCUCAGCAACGCUGGGUGAGAGGAGGACAUAGGAGGAGGAGGAAGAAGGAAACGAGACGUGCCUCUCUCUUUCGCGAGUUCGCGAAACGCGUGAUUGCGCAGGCCGACGAGCGACCGGCUGCGUCGAAGGACCCCGAAGGAUAAAAAGAGACGACCGGGUGUGUGUACGUGCGCGCGUGUGUAUGUGUGUACGCGCGCGAUUCACGUCCUCACCAUUCUCUCUUCGUCCGCCUCCUUCUCUCUCUUUCUCCUGUCCUCUCUCCGUCAUUUCUCUCCUUUUUCAGCGGUGUCCCUCCGACACCCUCGCUCAACCUACCACUUAUCCUCUCUCUCUCUCUUUUGCUCUCCCUCCCCUCCCCCCUCGAUCUCCCCCGCUUAGCUUGCUGUCCCGUCCCUCUAGCGCUCGCUCGCUCUCGCUCCCUCCUCCCUCUAUCUCGUUCACCCUUCUCGCUCCCACCCACCGCGCUCGUCUCGCUCGCACUCGUGGACCGUGCACCUCCGCCUGCCUUCCUAUCCGCCGAGCGGAGGACUGGAUUCCGUCGAAAAGAAACGACGAUUCGGAGGAUAGUCGCGACCGAUCAUAGCUGGCGCGUCGAUCGGAUCAACGGAGUGGACUAGCCGUCGCGAUUAACCGCAUCGCGACCGUAUAUCGCGGCAAGUACCGACGCGCGUUACGCGCGUCCAUGGUCCUCUGAUUGUUUUUUUUUCUUCCCGCGACGUUCAUCAUCGCAAGACACUUUAGUGCACCGGCAACUCGUCCUCCCUCUCUGUCAUUCUGGCCGAGAGACUUGCUCCGAAUUAACGCGAGUGUGACGAGACGUGCGGACCGUGACACGGCUGUCAGCUGCUGACGAUCAUUCACGCCGAUCUCUGCAGAUCUCCUCGGUUCUUCGCAAGAAAGACAUAAGUCCCCCCCACGGAAUACCGGAAUACGGGCGAUGGACUCCCAGCAUAAUUUCCGACCACCAACUUGUAGCCGCGUGUGACAUAGUGCGAGUGCAUAUGCCGGCAACAUCGGACCGCCUGCGAUCCCGACCGGAUCGAGUGCAGUCGGGCAUCGAGUCGCGACGACAGGGCACGCGGGAGUGUCGUCAGCGCGAGUAGCGCUCCGCCGAGGGGUGACGGCGUCUCGCGACAGACGGGCUUGUCGCGCCUCCCCCCCGCGUGAGCGCACGGCUUCGAACGCGCUGGUGUAAAGGGGGAAAAAAAGGAAGAAACGGAGAGGCGAAAGUGUGACGGAUCCGCGAAGUGACAGAUCCGCGUCCGGAAGUCGCGCGAGCAAGGCGGAUGUCGCGGACCUCUGGAACGAUGAUCGCGUAGCGGCGCCCGACCAUCACGGCCCUGAGCGGCCGACACAUCAUGUCACAGUUCUCCUUCCGAGGAUCGCCAAAUCUACAGUGCCCUGUGACAGUGAGUUCGUCGUUGGCGCCGUCCUCGGUGUCGCCAGUAGCUGGCGUGAUCCUGAGCGCGGGCCCAUCUCUGGUCAGCGUAGCCGCCGGCACGACGACGAAUCACCCUCUGGACGUAGCCAGUCUGUCGAACGCGAGGAUGGCAGUGACCAGCGCGAUCGUGAGACCGCCCGGCAGUCCCACUACCUCGGUCAGCCCGUCUCAAGGUCAUCCGCCGCCAUCAGCCGGCGGACCCGUUGCCAGGUGCUGCGACACCGGCCGACCGAUCUUCACGGAUCCUCUGACCGGCCAGACCGUCUGCUCCUGUCAGUACGAGCUACUGGGCGGUUAUCAGCGUCUAGGUGCCCUACCUACGGCCGCGCUCUCCAUGUACAGCGCGCCUUACGCGGCCGCGGCCGCGGCCGCCGCAUCCGAGGGCAUGGCCGCGUACUUUCCCAGCUUGGGCGCAGAGCAGGCGCCCUUCUAUACGCCCACGGCUGCCGGCCUGGAUCUCAAGGAAAACCUGGGAGCAGGAGCCGCAGCAGCGUGGCCUUACCCUUCGGUGUAUCACCCUUACGACGCUGCUUUCGCGAGUUAUCCCUUCAAUGGCUAUUGUGGCGUGGAUCUAAACGGCACGAGGCGAAAAAACGCGACGAGGGAAACGACGAGCACGCUGAAGGCGUGGUUAAAUGAGCACAAGAAGAACCCGUACCCCACGAAGGGCGAGAAGAUCAUGCUAGCGAUCAUUACCAAGAUGACACUGACACAGGUGUCGACGUGGUUCGCAAAUGCGCGGAGGCGCUUGAAGAAGGAGAACAAAAUGACAUGGGAACCACGGAAUCGAGUGGAAGAUGAGGAUAACAACAACGAAGACGACGACAGUGGGAGGAAGAGCGUCGACGAGAAGGAUCGAUUAGAUUCGAAAGACUCAGGUACAGGUUCCAGCGAGGACGGAGAACGGCCGGCACAUCGCCUGGAUCUUUUGCACGGUGGUAGCGGCGGCUCGGCAGGCGUUCAAGGUAGAACCGAAAGCGAGUGGAGCGAAUCGCGGGCGGACAGUGGUCCGGACAGUCCGGAAUGCUUGUACGACCAGAGGGAGCCCAGGCAUCCGCUGCAACUGCAGCAUCCGGCGUACCUCGCAUCGAAUCACGGCCGAUUGCUGCGUCAUCCGUCGCCCGAAAGCACGUCGCCGGGCAGUCAGCAUCAUCAUCUGCCACCAAGUACCAGCGCGUCGUCCACGGGCAGCGCUGUAACCACGAAGCCGCGGAUCUGGUCACUAGCGGACAUGGCGAGCAAAGACGGUGAUCAGCAGAACCCGAAUUCAGCAACAAUGACGGGACUCGCGUCACCCUACAGCAGUUCGGGUGGCGGUGGCGGCGGCGGCGGCGGUGGCGGUGGUGGUGGCGGUGGUACGGGCACUAAACUUCCGGUCAGUCCUCUAGCCAGUCGACUGCCGCCUCAUCAUCCCUUGCAUCCGGCGAUACACCCGGGCACGCAGUUCGUAAGACCGCAUCCGGAUUUCUAUCGGAACUUGUAUGGCGCGUCUCAUCUGGGUUCCGGCGACAUAUCCCUGCUGGAGACCUACUCGAGGACUCUGGGCGGACUGGGUGGUGUGAUGCCGCCGUCGACGGCGCCGAGCAUAUUGACAUCCUCGUCGUCCUCGAUCGCCGCCGUCGCCGCCGCCAAUGUGAAACCUUUCUCGAUCAAUGGUGGCAGCGGUGGCGGCGGCGUCGGUGGCGGUACCGCUGGACCGGCCGUUUUACUGACCACUGCGUCCUCCGGGCUGUCGCCGUCGUCGUCAUCGACGGCGUCAUCGGCCGCGUCUGAUCAGUCGCCCCAUCCGACGAGUGGCGGUGCUCUCGCCGCGACUCAGGAACUCAAGUCUCCUGGACGAGUGUGACUCGACGACGCGACCGAACGUUAAGGGACGUAUCGAGAGCGUGCGCUGUGCACCGACAAGCACAGGUUUUGUGUGGUGUGGCUGACAAUAAAAACAGAGACUACAAUCUUGUAAUUAGUGUACAGAGUAAAACGGGAGACGACGAGAUACUGCCCUGACCUACUCCUCGUCCCUUUUCCUGAUUCCUCCUCUUGUUUCAUUCUUUUUCAUCAUUAUUCAUCCAGCCAUUCUUUUUAUCUCUUCACUCCCCGGUUCUCGAUUUCAAAUUGAUUUCACGUAUCCCGUCCGUGUAUUCCUUCCUCCUCCUUGAAUGAAAACGGUGACUCGUAGUACCCGACUACCUGUAGCGGCUACCGCGGUAUAACCGUACCACAACUAGCGUAAAAAAAAACUCGACAGUACUACUACAUAUAAAUACUAUAAAUAUAUAUAAAAGAUAUAUGAUAAUAAUUAUUAUUAUUUAUGCGUUUGUAAAUAGUAGAGAGAGAGGCCCAGAGUAGAGAAAUUGUCCGGCCAGUGUAUGUAUUGUAUGUAGAGUAGACACAAUAUUACUAGCAUACCUGAGAUCACACAAUUCAUAUUAAUGACGAUUAUGAAUUAUUAUGAUUAUUAUGAUUAUUAUUAUUGUUAUUGCAAUGUUUAUAAUAUUAUCGAUUCACGUCGACUCGACGUCGAGCAUGACGAGGUAUAGGUCAUCGGUCGUCGCGGCGACCGAUUGCGAGGAGACGGCCGGAAUGCGUAAACGUGUCGCGGACGGUCGGUCCUUGGUUCCUCUUCUUGUAAGUACCCUGUCUCUUUAUUUAUUUCGCUAACGAUUAUUGGCUCGUGAUAAUUUCUCGCAAGGACUCGCGACGACGCCGAUCAUCGCGAUCUCGCGCGCGCUUUCGUUCCGUGCGUGGAAUUCGCAAAGCGCGGCAUCGUCGACUCGCAAUCCGCACGCAAUUCGCGUACGAACCGUCGCCGUUGCGCCGAGGUAAGGAAACGUUCACCCUCACUUCCGGCCGUCGAGACCUCGAGGAUGCGAUCGCGUGCAGGAACAUCUUGGGUCGCGCGAAUCGCCGGAGCGGCUUAGUACACGAAGGCGAACACGCACAGACACAUACACACGUGCGCAUAUACACGUACAUAUACACGACGGCUGCCAACAUAUCAUGUCAUGUCGAGAGUGAAACGAUCCGCCAUCAUCCUUUAGUCAUUCGUGUCCAAAAUUACACGCGGGCUCGCCGACGUCGCAUCGGCGGACGACGUGCAGACUGUGUCCUUUCGCAAUAAACGAAUCAUUACGGAAAAACCA